AUGUCUGAUAUCACAAUUACUAUCAAAUCUUCUGGUGACCAGAAAUUCGAAGUUACUUUUGAUCCCAAAAUUACUGUUUUGGAAUUGAAGGAGUUGAUAGCAACAAAGUCAUCGACUCCAGCAGCUAGUCAAAGGCUUAUAUACUCCGGAAAAGUCUUGAAGGAUGACCAAACAGUAGAGUCAUACAAGGUACAAAACUCGCACACAGUUCACUUGGUGCGCAGCUCCACUGCAUCGUCGUCAUCAUCCUCAACUGCAUCUACAGCAGCAGCAGCCGCAGCCGCAGCAUCUGCUCCACAACAGCAGCAACAAUCUUCAACAAAUGCAGCUUCGGCAUCGGUUCCUUCAAACAUUGCUGCUGGACAAGGAGCAUUUAAUCCAUUGUCGGACCUUACUGGUGCUCGAUAUGCUGGAUACACACAAUUGCCAUCAGCGUCAAUGUUUGGUCCAGACGGUGGUAUGAACUCGAACUUGCCAAAUCCUGAGCAAAUGAAUGAAAUGAUGUCGAAUCCCUUGUUUCAAGAGCAGAUGAAUGCAAUGUUGUCCAAUCCACAAAUGCUUGACUUUAUGAUUCAGCAAAGUCCUCAAUUGAGAGCCUUGGGUCCCCAAGCCAGAGAGAUGUUGCAGAGUCCCUUUUUCAGACAAAUGUUAACGAACCCAGAGAUGAUGAGAACGGCGAUGCAAAUGGGACAACAAGGUGGAGCAGGACUCGGCGGAGGCAAUAUUUUUGGAGGAGCAAAUGCGGCACCAUCAUUCCCAGCUCCAGGCGCCAACCCUACUACUGAAGGUGCCAAUGCUUCAGGUGAUGAUAAUGGGAAUGGCAAUACGAAUUCUCUGGCCACAACUACUGGAACUGCAGGUACAAACUCUGCUAACCCAGCAGCUAACCCAUUUGCAAGCCUUUUCCCUAAUGGAGUGCCUCCAAUUGACCCAAUGUCAUUCUUUGGAGGUGGUGCAGGCGCAGGUGCAGGCGCAGGUGCAGCAGCAGCUCCUCCUCAAGAUAACAGGCCACCAGAAGAGAGGUAUGAGAGUCAGUUGCGUCAAUUGAAUGAUAUGGGAUUCUUUGAUUUUGAUAGAAAUGUCGAGGCUUUGAGGAGGACAGGUGGAAGCGUGCAGGGUGCUAUAGAGUAUUUAUUGAGUCACACGUAG